AUGCUUUCCCCCACUUGUUUCCAUGCCGGUAUCCCUUUCCGAAGUCCGCUUCCGACAGACGCUUGCAUUCCCCCAAAAGUGCUGGUUUUGGUCGCUGACCCUCGGCACGCUUUCGCAGUGUGGUGGCAGACCCUUGGACAGUUGGAGCCUGAUGUGUCGCUGGACUUGGACUUUGGCAACUUCUUGAAAAUUGUGGCGCAGCAGGGGUGGUGUCUCUUCGGCAACUACAUCGAGCACGCUGCUGCGUGGGCUAGGGAAGAGGAGCUUUAUCCGGACAAUGUGCGGCUCUGCAUGGCUGACCGCCUAGGUUCUUUGGAUCCACAGGAUGUGCGGACAGAAAUGCGCGAGAUCGCAGACUUCCUCAGGAUCCCAGCGGACAGGGCAGAUCGGGUUGUGGAUUCGAUCUUUCGCAGACCGGCAGACGCAUGUUCAUCCUUGUCCAGAGACAGGCUGGUGGAUCACGCCGUUCUUCAAGGAGGCCACAUUGUGGAAAAUACGGGCAGGAAUCUGUACCAGUUCCAAGACGCCUACGACACAGUUGACGGACUGGUGCAAGAUAUGUGGCGCCAAAUGUUUUUGAUGCUGGGCCGCACUGGAAGCUCGUGCCUGGUGGAAGCUGCUCAGAAGGCUUUGCAGGGCUCGGCUUCACUGCCACCGAUUGUCAAGACCGGUGUCUUUCGUGGCGAAGAUGCCCACAAUAGUGGCACCUGUCGACCCUGUGUCUUCCACCUUCGUGGGAUAUGCCGAGAUAGCGCGGAGACCUGCUUCUACUGCCACAUGGACGGGCACCAGAGGACAAGCUGCAUUGCACGACAUGCGCAGAUCGCGAAUCCACCCAGAGUUGACUUGAACGUCCUGAACAUCCUUGCCGAGGUCUUGAUAGAAAUGCGGGAGUUCGAGAAGUGUGCUCGGCUAUUGAAGGAGCUGCUGCACCUGACACCUCCGCAAAAGGCACACUCUUCAGGCGCAAGCAGUUCCACCGACCUGGUUCUGCAUCCGUCGAACCCCAAGGUACUGCUGAAGAAGCUCCACAACUGCCCAGUCGAUAUUGUUGCAAUGCUGGCUGUGGCCAUGUGCCAGAUUCCGAACGAGAACAUCAGCGAGGAUCCCCUCUACAACUGUGCAUUGGAGGUGGUUCUGACACACCCACCUGAAACGCACUCCGACCUUCACCUGCUUCUGGUGGAUGCGAUGCUAGCAGACGAAGGCACGACAGCCGACACGGUCAGCAGACGAUGGCUUCGAAGGGCAAAUGUUCGGCGCUGGUUUGCCGAGCAAGCUCACCGAAUCCUGACAUUGCUGGAAGACUGCCCCAGCUUGGAAGUGGACCUCCGCGAGCGUCAAGCCAUGUGCCGCUGGCGACUGGGGCAGGUGGAAGAAGCAGCACUUCAAUUGGAAGCCCUGCUGGAGGACCCUGGGGAAAGAACAGAGGCAGAUCUUCGCAACAUGAGGGUUCGUGCGGCAGAGGCUUGGAUCGAAAUUGGCAACUCCAGCCGAGCAGAUCAAGUGCUGAGUUGCUUGAGCUACGAGGAUCUACAGCGCAGCAAUGCUCUACCACCCCCACUGAGCACAGCAGAGCGAAAGUCCCUCUACAAGGAGCUGUCUGAAACCAUUGAUCGGACGCUCAGCGCCGCUGCAGUUGCUAAAGACAUGGAGCGUGCUCACGAACAUGUGGGGACUAAAGAGGAGCUGCUGCGUUUUUUUGCGAAGUUCCGUCAUCUUGUGUACGACUGUGAGCUUGACUUCAAGCGACUGGUCGCCCGAAGUACCAGCGCAAAGGAGGGCUCAGCUCCGGCCCUCGAGGACGGAAAGUCCAACACGUCGAAGCCCAAUGCCGAAGAUGAGUCCGGCGCUGGAGGUAGAACCGGUCAGGCUGAAGACGCAGCUCAAGGUCAAGACAGCCUGCUGCUUCUUCCAGCAAAAGCUCCGAAGGCAUCGGCUUCGAAAGCAGCAGACGAGGUGCUGCAGGCAGCGACGAUCCACAAGUUCAAGAGACGACAUCUGGGGAUCCAGACAAUUGAGGACAUGUUCGGUUUUGAAGCCUACCUUACCAUGGUCAAGCACGGGGUGGUGAUCAUUCGCACCUUUGCGCGGUCCACGAAGGAGUCCAAGUCUCGCGAGGGGACCGUCCAAGCUGCACAGGCGGUUGAAGUUUGCGAGAUGAUCCUCUCCAACCGCAAACUCGUGGCGCAGAGGAAUCCGGUAAAGCGGCGUAUGAUGAGGGAUUUGGCGAUGCUGUCGCUUUCCGUAGGCUUCGAGGCACGACUAUGGCGAGUGGUGUUCAAGCAUCUUCGCAACAUUUGUGACCGGAGUGGAAGUGAUCAUGUCGUUGCUUUGUGCUCCAGACUGCUGUUCACACAUGCAGAUGUGGAUGGGAUGGGCCCAGGAGCAAACAAGGACCGCGGUGAUGCGGCCCCGUGGGAGCAUGAAAAAGCACACAACGCAAGCUGGGGGCACCGCAACACAUACGCGGCAGCGUUCACUGAUGUCCGUGGCUGGGCGCUGCGGAAGCUGCUGAGAAGGCCCCGCGCAUUCGGACUUACUUUGCUGUGCGCGCACUUCUGCAUCAUCGCCUCGCAGUACCCCUUUGCCGUGGCCGAGUACUCUCGAGCACAUCGUUUGGCACCUUUUGAACCACUGCCAGCUCUUUGCACCGCUACAGCAUAUCUGUCCUUCUCAAUGUCGCGUGCCGCAGUGUGCCGUCAUGAUCUUGUUCUGAAGGGCCUUACCUUCCUGCAACGCUACCGCCGUCUGCGGCUUCGCAGCGCAGGUUUUCUUCCGCUCGACACGUCACAGGAGGAUCCUUCCAGCUGGGAUGGACUACCCAAAGAGCGGCAAAUGUGGGAAGAUGCAGUGACGGACGACCCGCUGGAACGAUUGGCAAUGCAGGCUGAGGUCGCCUACAACUACGGCCGAGCCUUUCAUCAGCUCAGUAUCUUCAACCCAGCAGUCGAGGCUUACGAGGCUGCGUUGGAUCUCUUCGAAAGUCUGUCACAGUCCGAAUGCAAGAGGACCGAGCGGCAUUCAUUUUGCACAACAGACUCAGCUUGCAUUUCUCUUGCCUGA